UGGUCGGAACGCUGGUGCGCAGUGAGGGCGCGAUGGCGGCGGCGGCUGCUGCGACGACGAGGGCGGGGUGCGUGGUGAUUAAUGAUGAUGAGCAAGGUUAUGACCUCGAUCUGUUUUGUAUUCCUAAACAUUAUUCCAAUGAUCUGGAGCGAGUAUUUAUUCCUCAUGGUUUAAUCAUGGACCGGACUGAGCGUUUGGCAAAAGAAAUAAUGAAGGCCAUGGGAGAUCAUCACAUUGUUGCUCUCUGUGUACUCAAGGGUGGUUAUAAGUUUUUUGCUGACCUUUUAGACUACAUCAAAGCCUUGAAUCGCAACAGUGACCAAUCAAUCCCAAUGACGGUGGACUUCAUUCGCUUAAAGAGUUACUGUAAUGAUCAGUCGACAGGAGCGAUCAAAGUGAUCGGUGGAGAUGACCUCUCGACCUUGACUGGAAAGAAUGUAUUAAUUGUUGAGGAUAUUAUUGAUACGGGCAAAACGAUGCAAACUUUGCUGAGCAUGUUGCAAGGAUACAAACCCAACAUGGUGAAGGUGGUGAGUCUGCUGGUUAAACGAACUCCACGAAGCGUCGGGUAUCGGCCAGAUUUCGUUGGAUUUGAAGUUCCUGACAAAUUUGUGGUUGGAUAUGCGCUUGAUUAUAAUGAAUACUUUAGGGAUUUGAAUCAUAUUUGUGUAAUCAGUGAAAAGGGAAAGGAAAAGUAUAAGGCAUGAGAUUCAUGGCAUGUGAAUGAAGGAUUGGAUAUGUUGAUUGGAACCUUCUGAUGGCACUCUGAAGAUACUUGUGCUCAUUGCUGUGUACUUGUUGCUGUCUGUGAAUCUAGAUAUUUAAAGGGCCCAUCUUGAAGAAGUGUUUAUUUUUGUACUGUAAAACAUAAAUCCAGACUAUCAACAA